GGACUUUUUUCCCUCGGACGAUUCAGUGUACCAUCUCCAUAACAUAUCAUCUUCAUCAUGGACACCGUAAUUGCUACCGAUAUUAAUCAACAAACCAGUACAGUCGACCCAAUGCUGAUUGAUUUGGACGCGUCGAUGACCGCGCUGUCACUAGAAUCACCUCCAAAAGAAGUUCAGACCCCAUCAACUCUUUUAGGUUCAUCUAGACGAUCCCCUCAGUGGGGCUUCAGUCGUCCUGAACGUGAGAGAAGAGAGAGUAUUGCACUCUUUAGAGCUAUUGCUGGCAUUGAUAAACUAGAGAGCAUAGAUCCCUUCUUCUUGAUUGAAGAUAUUCCUUCCCCACCAAUGAGUGAUCGAUGUGCAUCGCCAGAUUUUUCAGAAUUUACGCUGGCAUCGCCUGCUCAGCCGUUCAUCUUAACUCAAAGCCCUCCUACGUCUCCUCAAUCUUCGACACGAACGCCCAUGACAAGCAAAUCUUCUGUAAAGCAGUCAACUUCUUCUAAAUCUAUUCUCAGUGCACAAAUAUCUCCUAAGCCUUCAAUGAGAACAUCCAUGACGCCUAGAUCUUCUGCUCGAGGUUCUACAUCUUCUCGGUCAUCUGUAGGAGCCACUAUGACUCCUCAGUCUUCUGUAAAGUCCCAUGCUCCCUUGCGGUCAUCCAUCAGAGGUUCUACUUCGCCUCGGUCAUCUGUAAGAGCCACGAUGGGAUCUCAGCCUUCUGUAAACGCCACUCCCUCGAAGUCAGCUGUCAAAGCUUCUACGUCGCCUCGGUCAUCUGUAGCUCAGUCUUCUAUAAGCCCUACUCCCUCGCGGUCAACUGUCAAAGAAUCUACCUCGCCUCGGCUGUCAACCACAACAUACACAACCCCAAAGUCGUCCACGAGAUCCCCUACUUUCCCUAGGUCGUCAACCAGCACUUCCACGGGCCCUAGAUCCUCCGUUCAAACCCCUGCUCAGUCUCGGGCGUCGAUGAGGUCACCAGCUUUACCCCGUUCGUCUACUGGACAACGUCACCCGAUCACAUCACUCACCGCCAAAUCUCGCGACGAUGCAGUUGCAGCCAAGAAUAUAUUGUCUACGCCAGCUUACUCAUCGUUCACAACUCCUUCCUCUGUCUUUAGAUUUAGUGCAAGCACAGUACUUUCCCCGAAGGUAAACAACACACCCGCAAACUCUGCCAAGGUUACUUCAAAACGAACAGCUGGAAGGCCGAAAACGGCUUUCGGUCCGAAAGGAACCACGACAUUAUUGAAUAAAAGUAAGAAGGACAUUCUAGAAAUGAAUGUAGACGUCACCAUCAGCGUCCCGCCUGCUGUUGAACCUACCUUGGCCGUCGUUCGCUGCGAUCCAAUGGAAAUUCAAUCAUACUCCCCACUCGCUACACCACCGUCUGUGAAACCCAUGCCGAUUACGAAGACUUCAUCCAAUUCCUCCAUGGGCCUCCGAAAACCAUCUGGUCUCCCACGCGCAUCACCAAGCAAAAUAUCCAGCCCUACUGCCGUCGAUUUAUCUAAACGUAAGGUGGGAGACAAGUUUGAAGAGAGUCCCAGCUUGGACCGCACACGCCUCAAGUACAGCAGAGGAAACACGCGUUUGCCUCUGCCCGGCAAGACAACACUAUCCAUUCCGAAAGCUAUGCCAGUGCCUUCCAGAAUCGCACGAUCGACUCUUCACCCGGAUUCUCCUUCCACACGUAUGAAUCCAAAAUCGACGUCUGUAAUACCCCCUAAACAAUACACGUCUCGGUUCAGACCUUCUCUGCCACAGCGGAACUAGGCGCAACCCCUCGCUAAAAGUUACAGGAUCGCGUAUGAUGAAAUGAGCGACUAGAAGACCGUUGAAUGAUUUUGGGACCGAAACUUUACUAUUCAUAAGCAAAUUUUGAGCCAGAAUGUUGGAUUUUCUUGUACGAAAAUCUAUAUACAUAUAUUUCUGAAUUUACGUUGCUUUUUUUGGUAAGAAUGGAGGUUCAAUCCACCAGACUAAGAAACGAAAGGAAUUGAACCUCUAUGGCAAUAUUUAUUUGCCUUCGAAACGCAACUGGAAAAUGCCGUCAUCUCGCU